UCCGACAAUACAUGCAGCUCUAAUUAGCUACUGAAUUCGACAAACGUUCACCGAAGCAUUAACGCCAGUUCGAAUUAUCAAUGCCUGUAAUUAAUAGAAAAACUAACAUAGCGGAAUAUUCAUUAAAUCUUGAAUAAUAUCGAACGGCUCUUUUUUUGCCUUAUAUCUUAUAUUUGAUCUGAGAAAUAGUUAACAUACAGUUUGACUUUGAUCUUCUCCCAGAGAAAAUAAACAUUUUUGCCAUGUCCAGAUCACUUCUGUUGAACACAGUUGGUCUUAUUUUUCUUUUUGUUACCUCGUCAAAAGGUAAGAUAAUACACGAAUUGUUCCUUUUCUCUACUAGAAACUCUAGAUAUAUUCCGGGAAGUGAGACGGAGGAUAUCCUGCUUGACGACAAGAAGUCCGUGACUUGGUGCGCCGUCCGAUGUCUGGGAUCCUCUGACUGUUUAGCCAUAGACAUCUGUUACCUCCAAACCUCCACUCGAUGCCGCAUAUGGAGUGUUCCACCGAAGGAUAAUUCCACCAACGAACCAAUCUGCCGCCGUUUUAGAGAGCUAAGUGAUACACAUGAAAGCUCAACAACAAACAACUCAACACCACAACCUCUAGCUUCAACAACACAAACACAGAAUCCAUCGGCGAACCAAGAUACAACGGUUCAAGAAACAACGUCAGCCGCCAUCGAGUGUAUCAAUGGCUGUUCUUGCCCUGUCAUUACUGACCAAUUUUCCACCGGAACGGAACUCUACUCUGGAGGCUCGACCACUUACGCCUGCAAACAAGGAUAUGAUGGGAGAAUAUGGACCAUCAUUCAGCGUAGAACAGAUGGUUCGGUGAAUUUUCAUCAAAAGCUUUGGACGGAUUACGAGAAGGGGUUUGGAUCAACUUCGAACGAGUUCUGGAUAGGUUUGGGGGAAAUUCACCGCUUGACGUCGCUAGGACUGACCGUGCUGUGGAUACAGUUGGAGUUCUCUGACAACACCGUACAGUACGCCAUGUACUCCAACUUUACCGUGGGAGGACCAGACUCUAAUUACCGCCUGUACAUAGGAGGGUACAGUGGAGACGCAGGAGACAAAAUGAUAAAUAUUGACCCCGAAGUCAAUCUGAACGGCAUGAUGUUUACGACAUCAGAUAACGACAACGAUCUGUAUUCCGGCGGGAACUGUGCCGUCUAUUACAAUGGCGCCUGGUGGCACAAUUACUGCACGUUGUCCAAUCUGAACGGGUGGUAUACCGACGCCAAUUUUGCUUGGGGGAAUCAUGCCACUAAGUUAACCAAAACUUUGAUGUUGAUUAGAGCUCCAUGACAAUUUUGAAUUUAGAACUACAAACCAUUUUAUGAUACAUCUUUAAAACUUUAAUUUUAUCGUUAACUUGUGGAGAUUCUUUGAUCAUUUACAAAAUAUUAGGGGUCAUUUUUUUCAGAGCUUUGUGGCUAUGUGAUUUCGCAGAUUUCCUUGUAUAU